GUAUAAAUAACCUGAAAAUCAACAAAACUUAGGUUAAAACAUCAAAACUCAUAACAAUCUAAGAAAAAUUGGGUUAAAUCCGAAAUAUUCAUUAAUAAAACACGAGUUAAUGAAGAUUUAUUCAUUUUUUGACCAAAAUAACCUCAAAAAUUCAAAAAUAACCUCAAAACAAACAAAAAUGACGUUAAAAUCGUUAAAAUUCAUCAAAAUGCAAGAAAAUUGACAAAAAACUAAUAUUUUUAUAAAUUUUCAUUAAUAAAACACGCGGUAAUGAAGAUUUAUUUAUUUUUUGAUCAAAAUAAUCUCAAAAACACAAAAUUAACCUCAAAACAAACAAAAAUAACUUUAAAAUCAUCAAAAUUCCCUAAAAAAUUAAUCAAUUUCGUAACAUUUAGAUUAAUUUAAUUUAAAUCUGAUGAUUUGUACAUGAAUUCAAUUACGCAAUGAUUUAUUUGUUCAACGAGGAAGCAUGACGGACAAUACACGGUGAAUGUUAAAGUUGAGUUGAAUUUCGUCGAUCAAUGACGCAGCUCAAUUACGAACGCUAAUGAAGCGUCCAUCACGCGCUCGCACAGCAUAAUCACCCGUGGAAUACAUGAAUUAUACAACGACAAAACAUAAUCGCGCGCUAAAUACUCGUCAAUUCGUCAAAACGCCAAAAACAAUAUCACCACCUUACGCAAGUCAUUUGUUGCAUAUUUCUGUGAAGCAGAUAGAAAGUGUCGAGAAGAGACGUGCCACGUGUUUUUCCCCAUGGCAAGCAAUCUAAAUCGUUGUAUUUAUUUUUUGUCUUGUUGUCUCGUUGAGUUGACAGCAAACAUUUCACUUUUUUCAGUGUGCUUGAUUGGAUUGAUUGUCAAUCGGUCAAAUGUUAGUGGGUCAUCGAAUUAUAACAUUAAAUAAACAUUACAAACGAUUUUAAGGAUGCGGUGCGCGCGAAAUGAUGAAUUUGAAUAAACAUUGUUGUAAUCUUUGUGAAAGCGCAAGUCUGGUGGAAUUUCUCAAGCGGUAAUCAAUCGCUUAUCAUGGAAUUAAUGUUUUUUAGCUUUUUUGCUGAUAGAUACAAGUGGUACUUGUGCUUGGAAACAGAAAUUAUGAAUAAAACAUGCGUCAAUGAAGGAUUUUUAGUUGUUUUUUGUACAAAAUGUGUCAAAAUGACAAAAAUCACGUUAAAAAAUUGAAAAUCAGGUUAAAAACGUAGAAAUUCAUGAAAAUUAAAGUAAAUUACACGAUAAUUUGACCAUAAAUUAAAAUAUUUAUAAUUUUCAUUAAUAAAAUACGCGUUUAUGAAGAUUUUUGCUGUUUUUUUGUUGAAAAUUGUGUCAAAAAACUUCAAAAUAACAAAAAUUAGGUUAAAAUUUACAAAAUCUAAGUAAAAUUCACGCUAAAUUAACAAAAAUUUAAUAUUUUUACUAUUUUUCAUUAAUAAAACAUGCGUCAAUGAAGGUUUUUUACUCGUUUUUUGUACAAAAUGCGUCAAAAUGACAAAAAUCACGUUAAAAAAUUGAAGAUUAGGUUAAAAACGUUGACAUUCAUAAAAAUUUAAAUGAAUAUCACGAUAAUUUGACCUUAAUUUCAAAUGUUUCUAAUUUUCUUUGAUGAAACAUGCGCUUAUGAAGAUUUUUGAUGUUUUUUUAUGAAAAUUGCGUCAAAAAGUCAAAAUAAUUUCAAAACAACAAAAUUUUGGUCAAAAAUCGUAAAAUCAAAAUAAAAUUUACGAUAAAUUGACUGAAAUUUAAUAGUUGCAUAAUUUUCAUUAAUAAAAUACGCGUUUAUGAAGAUUUUUGCUGUUUUUUUGUUGAAAAAUGUGUCAAAAAACUUCAAAACAACAAAAAUUAGGUUAAAAUUUACAAAAUCUAAGUAAAAUCCACGAUAAAUUGACUAAAAUUUAAUACUUUUACUAUUUUUCAUUAAUAAAUCAUGCGUUAAUUAAGUUUUCUUUAAUUUUUUAAGGAAAAUUACUUUAAAACAAGCAAAAAUUACGUUAAAACCAUAAAAAUGUAUAAAAAUCCACGUAAAAUUCUCUCUAACUCCAAUCAAAUCUAAAAUAUUUGUAAAUUUUCUUUUAAAUGUCACGCAAAUAUCGUAACCGCGUAGGAAGACACUGAAGACCUAUGCAAAUGCGUACUUUGUGCCUGAUUGCACCUCUCGUAAACUCUCGGCGCGCAUCAUCCUCUCUGCGGAAAGAAUAAAUGAAGGAAAAGACUUUCGCGAGUUUCAAUAUUCAUCUAACUCGCAACGCGCGCGUACCUAACAAAAAACUCACAAGUGAUUAAUCAUCAACUAAUAUUACAAGUUUCCAAGAAAGAAAAAAAUCAAAUAACAAUCAAUAGUUACAUUUAAACCAUCAAAAACACAAUGAAAUUCCGCGUAAAGUUGUUAAUAUUAACAACGUGUGCGGUUUUUACCACUGCACAACGAUAUAAUCACCAACGGCGGCAGAUUCUGCCUGUAGCGCCACAAUUCCCAACCGGAAAUAUAAACGCGGGAGUUUCCGGUGGCGGGCAAGCAAAUUUUGAUGUGAAUAUCAUCGGUCCACGACAAAGAAAUGAACAGACAAUUGAAGAAGCAUGGAAUAACUUCAAGAUAACCUUCAAUAAAAUAUACAGCUCCCAAAUGGAAGAAAACUACCGCCGUGAAGUAUUCAUCGAAAACACCGCGAAAAUCUUCCGUUUGAACGACGAUUACGCAAAGGGUUACAUCAGUCACGCGCAGAAAAUCAACGGAUACGCUGAUAUGCUCCACCAUGAGUUUGACAACGCUCUGAACGGAUUUAACAGAUCACGGAUAGGUUUGGAUAUGAAUAUUAUCCCAACGCAAAGAUCCAGCGCGUUUAUCGCGAGCGCAAACGUCCCGAUUCCGGAUUCCAUCGAUUGGCGUAAACUGGGCGCUGUUACGCCUGUGAGGAGUCAAGGAUUAUGCGCGGGGUGUUAUGCAUUCAGUGCAGCUGGAGCACUCGAAGGACAAUAUUACCGUAAAACUGGAGUCCUCACUGACUUAAGCCCACAGAAUUUAAUCGACUGUACAAAGGAUUAUGGUAAUAAUGGCUGUAAUGGAGGAUUAAUGAAUCCAGCCUUUCAAUAUGUCAAGGAUAACAUAGGAAUUGACACAGAGAAUUAUUACCCGUACGAAGCAGCCGAUAAUCAAUGUAGAUACAAACCGGAAGGUUUUGGCACGGAUAGUACAGGUUAUGUCACCAUACCGGAAGGUGAUGAAGAAGCUUUGCGGGUUGCCGUUAGUACGAUAGGUCCGAUUUCCGCCGCCAUUGAUGCGAGUCGUGAUUCAUUGCAGUUUUAUUCCGAUGGGGUUUAUUUUGAUGCGGCGUGUAAGAAUGCGACGAAUGAUAUGAACCAUGCGAUUUUAGUAGUUGGAUAUGAUACGGAUCCGGAUGGGAAACAGUUUUGGUGGGUGAAGAACUCAUAUGGGCAACAGUGGGGAAUUGGAGGUUAUGUCAAGAUGGCAAGGAAUGCGGGGAAUCACUGUGGGAUUGCUUCACUUGCGAGUUAUCCUUUGGUUUGAUAUCUUUUGAGGAUGUAAUAUGAUAAAUGUUGAUACAUAAAGCGAGAA